AUGUGCCGGAUAGGAUUCCUGCACCCUUUCCUGGCUUUUGUUCUGCUUAACACUCAGGAGGCAACUGGCUAUGGUUUCAGGAACUGCAUCCAAUCCAUGCGGAAUCCAAGUUAUUUCAAAUGCAUGCAGCGCUUCCUAAAAACUAUCUCCAGUGCUGUGAAUGACCUUCCCAGCAACGCUCUGGUGUUGAAUGUAUCCCAUAAUUCCAUUCGUUUCUUGCCUUAUGGGAGCUUCCACCACCUCCCGGAGCUGAAGGUCCUACGCGUGGGCUACAACAAAAUGGAAAUGAUAGAAGAUGGGGCCUUCGAAAACCUCACCGCCUUGGAGAUGCUUGACCUCUCUUGCAACCAUCUCAAAAACCUGCCUGGAGCUGUGUUCCAAGGCUUGCCAAACCUCCUUCAACUCCGCCUGAACGAAAACCACUUGAGCACAAUACAUCAGGAUAUGUUUAGCCCGUUACAGAACCUUCUGAACCUAGAGCUCCAGGUCAACAAUUUGGGAAGCUUUGAAAAAGUAGUUCGGAGCAUACAAAAGCUGACACGGCUGAAGGAACUGAACCUGUGCAAUAACAGCCUGACCUCCCUCCAGUCUAAACUGAUGCUUCCCACGUCCCUGUCUACCCUCCUGCUUUGCAGCAAUUUCCUGUGCAAGAUAGAUGCCACAGGGCCAGGGUUCCUACAGAAUGUGAAAAAACUGGACCUUUCUUACAACAAUAUCUCAGAAGUCUCUUCCUUUGCAACAGUCAAACUCCAGAACCUCACCAGGCUGAAGCUGAUGGGGAACAGCAUAGACAUUUUCCAGCUCUUGAACAUUUCUGAUCUGCAGCCUCACAGCCUGGACUACUCUGGGCUACAUUUGAGUAAAUCCUCGCAGUUGACCAAAUUGUGCCAGCAUCUCGGGAAAUCCAACUUUUCUUUGCAUCUAUCUCUGCAGAGCAACAACCUCCGGACCCUGAACAGCAACACUUUCUCGGCAUGCCCUCCGAUCUCGCUGCUGGACCUCUCAAGAAACCGUCUCCGAUCAGUGGGAUGUGUAAGGGAGGUGUUGAAUGUGACUGUUCAAAAUAAGCUGAGAACGUUGGUUGUGGAGCACAACCUGUUGAACAAACUAAAGUCCUGCUCUAAACGUUCUGUCUUAAAAGAGCUGAGGACCAUCUCUUUUCGUUUCAAUCGCAUCCUCGAUGUCAGUAGGUUUGCUUUCCAAUAUGCCCCUUAUCUGGACAAACUCCAUCUUAACAUCAACAGCAUUGCUUUUUUGCAUGAGCAAGCCUUAAAGGGUUUAAAACGACUCACAGAGUUGCGCUUGGAUAACAACCUACUAACUGAUAUCUAUAAAACCAGCUUUGAGGACCUGAUCAGCCUCCAGACACUCAAUCUCCGGAACAACCAUAUUUCUGUCCUCUUCCCUGGCAUCUUCAGAAACCUUGGGAAUCUCUCUAUCUUAGAUUUGGGUGGGAACAAUAUCCAUAGGUUGACCAAUAAGUCAUUUGAAGGACUGAGGAACAUCUCCAAACUCUAUCUGGACGGCAAUCAUAUUGAGUACAUCAGCCACAACUUUUUCUAUCCAGUACAGAGCACUCUCGAAGUGUUGGACUUAAUGGGCAAUAAGAUACAGUACAUCAGCAUGAAGCAACACAGCCCACCUCCUUUCUUGAACUUGCACCUAGUCUAUGAUCUCAAGCUUCAAGCUCAGCAACCCUAUGGUAUGAAGAUCAUCCCACCAAAGUUUUUCAAGGGCCUGACUUCUUUGCGCAAUCUCUACCUGUCUGAAAACAAGAUUCUCUCCAUUGCACCAGAUGUCUUUGACGACCUAGGACAGCUGAAAUAUUUAAGCUUGAUUGAUAGCAGUAAUGGCAUGGGGAACUUUCCACCUGGUGUAUUCAAGAAUCUGAGAAACCUGACUACUCUCAACCUGGAGAAUGCUGGCCUCCGUACCUUGACUCUGGAGGUCUUUGGGAACCUCACCAGUCUACGCAAUCUGCAACUAGGGAAGAAUGAGCUGCAGACAAUCAACAGCAGUGUUUUGGAAAAGCUGACCUCACUGAGGUACCUUGACCUUCGCAAGUGCCCCUUGUCUUGCACUUGUGAUAACAUUUGGUUCCAGAAGUGGCUGGUCCAUAGCCAGGUGCAAGUGGUUUACCUGUACAACUACCCCUGCAAUUCUGGGCAAUCCUCCAGUUACGUGUAUAGUUUCGAUACCCAUGUCUGUUUCCAAGAUGUGGGGUUCUACCUUUUUUCUGUCACUUUCCCUGCUCUGCUGCUCCACAUGCUGCUCCCUUUCCUCUACCACCGGACCUACUGGCAUCUGAAAUACCACAUCUAUAUCCUGCGUGCUUGGGUCAAUGAUCGCUGGAGGCGGGGCAAGGAUGAGCAUUACAAAUUUGAUGCCUUUGUCUCCUACAACUCCACUGAUGAGAGCUGGGUGCUGGAGCACUUAGUGCCCAGCCUAGAGAAAGGAGGGGGCCCCAUCUUCCGUCUCUGCCUCCACCACAGGGACUUUCAGCCGGGGAGGUACAUCAUAGACAACAUAGUGGACAGCAUCCACAACAGUCGGCAUACCAUCUGCAUCAUCAGCAGGAAUUACCUGCAGAGUGAGUGGUGCUCCAUGGAGAUCCAGCUAGCCAGCUACCGUCUUUUUGAUGAACUGAAGGAUGUCCUCAUUCCAGUUUUCUUAGAGGCCAUCCCAGAACGAGAGCUUUCUGCCUACCACCGGAUGCGGAAGGUGAUGCUGAAGAAGACAUAUAUUACGUGGCCCCCGGACCCUGAGGCUCAGAAGUUGUUCUGGGCUAAGCUGAGGAUGGCUUUGAAAACGGGUAACUCUGAGAAGGAAGAGGAAACAACAUACUGGUUUGAUAAGGAUGGCAAACCACUCUUGGAGACGUCCACCAAGACAGAAUAG